ACGACAGUAAGUGAAAGUGGUUGGCAAGUGUCGAAUCAUUUGAAUUAAUUUAGAAUUGUUUUGUAGGAAGAAUUUUAUAAAGUCUCACCUUGUUAUCACUUUUACAUUUACCGGCUUUGACUUCAGACACCGUGACAGGCGUUUUGUUACGAUUAGCUUUCUUCCUCAAUCUGAAAAAUGGCACACGACUUCCCUGCUUUAAAGAAUGACCUUCUCCUUCGAGCUGCUCGGGGCGAGCCUGUAGAAAGGGUUCCUGUAUGGAUCAUGCGUCAAGCAGGACGAUAUCUCCCAGAGUUUCGUGAACUUCGCUCAAAACAUGACUUUUUUACUAUUUGUCAAACACCUGAGCUUGCUGCAGAAAUCACCCUUCAGCCUAUUCGAAGAUUCGAUUUAGAUGCUGCCAUUAUAUUUUCCGAUAUUCUGGUCAUUCCCCAAGCACUUGGCAUGACAGUUGAAAUGCGUCCUGGUGUGGGUCCUGUUUUACCACAACCCUUGGAAAGUCCUUCAGAUAUGAAGAAACUUUUAACUCCUGUUAAUGUUAAUGAACAGCUUGGCUAUGUGUUCAAGGCAUUAACAUUGACUAGGCAAAAACUGGCUGGAAAAGUACCUCUGAUUGGAUUUUCUGGAGCACCGUGGACACUUAUGGGUUACAUGAUUGAAGGUGGAGGUUCUAAAACUAUGUCAAAGGCUAAAGCUUGGUUAUAUCAACAUCCUCAGAGCAGUAGAGACUUAUUGAAAUUAAUAACAGAUGUAGUAGUUGAUUACCUUAUUGAGCAAGUGGCUGCAGGUGCUCAGUUGUUACAAGUUUUUGAAUCAAACGCGGAAUAUCUAGGGCCUGAUCUAUUCAAAGAAUUUGCACUUCCAUGUAUCCGUGAUAUAUGCUCCAGAGUAAAGGCAGGAGUUAAAGCAAGAAAUUUGGGUGAUAUUCCUAUGACAAUCUUUGCUAAAGGAGCUCAUUAUGCUCUUAAAGAAAUAUCGGAGAGUGGGUAUGAUGUCAUGGGUAUUGAUUGGACUGUUGAUCCACUUGUGGCUCGUGAGGCUGUCAGUGGGAAAAAAAUUACAUUACAAGGAAAUUUUGACCCAUGUGGACUUUAUGCGCCACCUGAGGAGAUCCAGAGACAAGUAAAAACUAUGGUUGAAAAGUUUGGCAAGUCACAGUACAUUGCCAAUCUGGGCCACGGAAUAUAUCCUGAUAUGAAACCAGAGCAUGCUGAAGUUUUUAUAAAUGCUGUUCAUAGCCAUUGACCUUUGAUUUGGUUUAAACAAUUAAUUGGAGACUGAUAGUUCAUGAACCAUCAUGUUGGUUAGUUGAUGAGCAAGAGUGUAAAAGUAAUUGUUUCCUAAUCUAUCUUAUUAUAUGGUGUUAUGGGCCAUAAUUCUAAGGAGGCAAGAUUCGUCCUAUUCUUUUUUGGGGAGAUAGUGCUGUGAUAUUUAUUUGAUACACUGCAGCAGAAAUCGUAUGUACUGCUAUUUUCAUCGCAUGGUAGAUUGGUUCGAUCAUCCCAAAGUGGAGAUCUAAGUGCAGUUUCAUAGGCGAAUUAUUGACUGAAGGUAGCUUUUCACCUUUUGUGUCAUCCCAUUUUGUACACACUUUCUUCUCAGUUUUUGAAUAUUUCUAAUUUUUAUACAUGUUAUCGUGAAUUAAAUCAUUUGUUCAACUUGUUUUUAAGGAA